CCCUUUGUCCAGUGGGAGAUCACAACAUUGGCCAAUGGUGUAAACUUUGCACCGACAGACAGAAUAAAUCCCGGGUUCCGGGUCAGAAGGGUUCUAUAGCUCAGCGACCAUGGCACCGCGGGGGACGUUUACUUUGCUUUGCUCACUAGCAGUGUUUUCCUGUCCAACUCGAGGUGACGCAAACUGCAACUCGCCGACUCAGCUCUUUGAGCGUCUGUCAUCAGACGUCAAGGUGGCGGCAGAGUGCGCCGAGUCCAUGUCCAUGCUGAGUUCACAUGAUAGAGCCACUCUGCUGCUGUCCAUGAGCAAUCUGACCGCCACACUGCACAAACACCAGCUGACAGAAUGCCGAGGUGCUGAAUCACAGCGUUGCCCAGAAGCCAAAGUUCCCCCCAACGGAGGAUUGGCGUGCGCCACAGUGGCCAACAAGCGCUACUGCAAACCCCUGUGCAACCACGGUUACGACUUUGCCUUCCUGCGGAGGAGUCGCCUGUACGAGGAAUGCAGCGAGCAGACCGGCUCUGAGUGGCGGAGCCAGUACGUGGGAGGCACCACGCUAGCUGUGUGCCAGGAAUCACCCAUUCAAGUGUCUGGAGCAAAGACGGCGUAUUUUCCUAAAGAUCAGGACUGCCUGACGACAAAGAGCAGCAGCCGACUGCAGAGCAGCGUCUUGGAAGGUCUCACCUCUGAGCUGAGGGAGGGCGGCGUGGACGGAGAAGUCGAGUACGCCUGCCUGGCGUGUGGCUGACGAGCCGAGCCGCAGAGGCACCUGCGAGGUCACCGAUGCAGCGUGGAAGCGCCUCCCGGUGGCAGCGAGGGAGAAUAAAAGCCUUCCUCCUGACCCUGAAUGGUGACCUUUGUCGUUGACUGGAAGUGCCGCUCGCUGCAGUCUGCAUGCUUAAGUCAUGGGGGGGGGUCUGAGAGUGGUGGGAGGGGGGAAAGGCAGCGUUGUCACCAAAGUAGAAACACACAUUUCCUCUGCCACUCGUUUUAAUAUUCUCCUAAAUAAAUACUCUCAAAGUGUAUUGGUGUCUGAUAAGGUGUCUGAUGACCAGUGUUGCCACAGUUACUUUGAAAAAGUAAUCGGAUAACUGACUACACCUUUAAAAGGUAACUUAGUUACUUUUAAAAUCAAGUAAUCUGUAAAGUAACUAAGUUAGAUUACAAGUCACUUUAUUAGUUACAUUCAGCAGCUGUCGACAACAUAAAAAUAACUGGUUAUGCCAACACUCACAUUUUAUCUAGUCGAGUCGGGGGGAGGGGGGGUUGCUGUGCUGCUGACGAUCCGGCCGGCGUGUGUGACGCAAGAAAUCAAAUAUAUAUUUUGCUAUUAAUGACAAAAUAGUAACGCACAGUGACUUGGACAAGUAACUUUAAUCUGAAUACUGGUUUGGACGUACUAAUGCUUUAGAUUACCCUGAUCUGAUGACCCUCUUCCCUAAUAAUAAUACUUAUUAAUGUGUUCUAUGUCAAGGUCUGGACCACAGCUGCGGUUAAAAUGUGUCUGCUUGUUUUUUUUUAAUGAAUAAAUCCAGACGAGGCUCACCGAGGUCAUGGUUAAAGAGUCAAAAUGAGAUGGCAGGAUCUCAUUAGGUAGCCGUUGACAUUCCAAAUCAUUCUAUUAGGACUCAUCAGAGAGCAAAUGACCCUCUGGUGUAGGCCGACAGACCGUGUAAUCAUCAAUUACUGAAAUAACUGUCUGCGGAUUGAGGGAUUACCCCUGGUAAACUGUAACGUCACGCAUCUCUCAUUGUUUAUUUCCCUCUGAUGUUUCUUGCAGGUAACCGACUCACAAGUGGCUCCGGGUCUGAAUGUGCAGAUGUUUCAUUAAGGGUCGCCUCAACAUGGCUGUAGACAUUUACAGCUGCAGUACCCGCUUGGGGCCACAUGAGGGAGAGGGAGGGUUUGUGUGCUUCUGAUUAUUGUAGCCCUCUCUUGACAUUGUAUGACAUAUAUAUAGUAAAUUAAAUUAAAUUAAA